UCAUGUUAUACCUCCAUCAAACAAGAGGAUAGGUGAGAUGAGAUAUUCAGUAAGAAGGGUAAAUUUAGUGUUAUACAGUAUCCAGUUUUGCAGCAAACAUCAGAUAAAGUGUUUUGUUUGACCCCUAUAUACAUAAAUAGAGUUACAAAGUCCAAAUGGUCAUACAGUAGCAUCAGGAAUGAACCCUGAAUUUGUAACCCAAAAGGAACACUUGUUGUCCAUGGAUUAAGUUACCUGUGUUGAUUAAAAAAAGGAACAGAUAUGGGCUUUCUAAAUCUGACUGGAAAUUCAAAAUCUGAAGAUCAAGAAAAUAUUGUCAAGAAUGAGAAUAUUGAGGUUAGGACAGCGCCCCCUAAUCAACCAGCCGUGACAGAAUCAGCUGAUACAUUCCGUGGAAAACUGCAGAGGACGCUUCACAGCCACUGGUUCCAUGGUGCGAUCAUUGCGUUAGUGUUGACUGAUUGUAUCCUGGUUAUAUGUGAGCUGGUGCUGGAUUUGUCUGCAGUGGAGAAUGAAAACAAAGCCUGCGAAGGUGAAGGUGAUGAGCACAAAGAGGAGGAUACAGCUGAGAAGGAGUUGACCGCUGCAUUGGUUCUCCACUACAUGAGCAUCGCCAUCCUUAGUAUAUUCAUGGUGGAAAUAGUGUUUAAGUUGUAUGCCUUCCGACUGGAAUUUUUCAAACACAAGCUUGAGGUGUUUGAUGCGGUAAUUGUCAUUGUGUCGUUCGUGUUAGAUAUUGUUUUCUUGAUUUACGAAGAAACGUUCAUGGCCGUUAUUCAGCUGCUUAUUUUCCUUCGUCUUUGGAGGAUUGUAAGAAUAGUAAAUGGACUGGUGAUCUCAGUUGAAUCAAAAGCACAUGAAAAAAUAACAGCACAGAAACAAUUGAGAGAAGAGGCAGAAGAGGAACUGGAACAACUAAGGAAAUACUGCGACCAGCAGGAACGACAACUGGAACUUAUUAUGGCAGAGGCUCGCAAACAUGGAAUAGUAUUAAAUUCAAUAUCCAAGCUUGAUCCACCAAAGCACCGCAAACAGUUUAAAGUGGAUGUUGAUGUGAACGGACCACCAUUAGACAGCACAACCAAUAAAAAAAGUCACCAAGAUGGAUUCACCAAUGUAACAUUUGAUAUCCAGGAUGAACCUGCUGAUGGUAAAACUGGGAUUUCAUAGUGAAAAUAUCUAAGUAUAUUAUAGCACAAUAUUAGUAUCUGAUAUUACUGAUAGUUCCUUGGCUAUAGGUCCAUCUCAUUAUUAUGUAAGCCCACCCCCUAUUUUAUGCCCAAUAUUAUGUACCAGCCUUUGCUCAGGUAGAAGCCCCGGGUAUGACAAAUACAGUAAAGGACUGUUUAUACUUGCAACGAUAACAAUAAUGGUAAAAAGCUAAAAAGCAAUUGUUCACAUAGAAAAUGAAAGAAAUAAGAGAAGUUCUCACACUAGCACGAAUCGUUAACGAUUUAUCGUGCAUACGAUGAAAAAAUAAUUUCACAAAUCCAAUCCAAUGAUGUUAUAAUCAUGUUUUUUCCAUGAUUAUAGCCUGGUUCUCACGAGAGCCCUAGUAUCCGGAUCGGGAGCUAACCGUUAGCGCCAACCGUU